AUGACAAGGAUCAACGUGAUUAAAGAUACUAUCAGAGUGAAAGCACCAUUGCAAGAAUUUUAUUUCAACACAGCAUUGGAAAAUGAUAUUCAUCAGGAAAUUAUGGUGCAUAUCAAUAACAGCAACAACAACAUGUUGAUUAUGGUGCAUAUCAAUAACAGCAACAUCAACAACAAGUUGAAUAUGAACAACAGAAGCAGCAACAGCAACAACAACCAAAUAUUGCGAGAGAAACAGAAACAAGAUAUGACAGCACUUCAAAUGGCCAAAGAAGAGUUUAAAGCGUCCAUCGAUCAGCCAUCGAGCAUAUCACUCCAAACAAACCAGAGGAUGACGAUGAAGAACAAACCGAAUAAUAUCAUACACUGGAAGAAGAUGUCAUUCAAUAGGAUAGAUUUAAUAUCAACUACAACUCCAACAACUACAACAAAUGGAAAUAUUAUUAAUAAGAUUAAUAACAAUAACAAUUAUAUAAAUGUAACGCAGAAACAAUAA